AUGGCAUCUUUCUCCAAGAGCUCCUCGAAGGCAGGCGGUGGAGUGGGUGGCGGAGGAUGGGCGAAGGCAAAGCAUCAAUCCGCUGGUGGAGGCGGCUCCACCCUAGAAAGGAUCCAGCAGAUUGAGCUGGAGAUCUCACGCACCCAGAAGAACAAGGCGACCGCCAAGCACCUUGGUGAGUUGAAGGCUAAGCUCUGCAAAUUGAAGCGUGACAUCCUUGAGCCCUCCGGUGGCGGCGGCGGGAAAGUCGCUGGAUUUGAGGUGCAGAGAAUCGGUGACGCCCGUAUCGGUCUGGUGGGCUUUCCAUCCGUUGGAAAGUCCUCACUGCUCACGGCGCUCACCGGCGUCCAGUCUGAGGCUGCAGCCUACGAGUUCACAACGCUGACAUGCAUCCCGGGCGUCAUCUACUACAAUGACGUCAGAAUCCAGCUCCUGGACCUUCCGGGCUUGAUUGUGGGUGCAUCUAUCGGCAAAGGCCGAGGACGACAAGUUAUUGCCACAGCAAAGUCGUGCGACAUCAUCCUCAUGGUUCUAGAUGCCACUAAAGAUGAUGCACAGAAGGAGAUGCUUACAAAGGAGCUGGAAAAUGUCGGCAUCCGAUUGAACAGAAAGCCUCCAGAUGUGACGGUAAGACCGACCAAAGGCGGAGGUCUGAAAUUUCAAGCCACCGUGCCGCUGACCCACUUCGACGAGGAGGUGUGCGCGACCAUCCUGAGACAGUACAAAAUGCACAAUGCGGAUGUGUUGGUGCGGGAGGACAUCACAGAGGAUGACUUCAUAGAUGUCAUCGACGGGAACCGGAAGUAUUGCAAAUGUAUCUAUGUUUACAACAAGAUUGACAUGCUGAAGCUGGAAGAUGUGGAUGAGCUUGCGCGCAGGCCAAGUUCCGUGGUCGUUUCUGUACGAAACAAGUGGAACUAUGAAUAUUUGCUGAAGCGGCUAUGGGAUGAGAUGGAGAUCGUGAGGGUCUACACCAAGAAGAAAGGCGAGUUUCCGGACUUCUCUGACCCUUUGAUCAUCACACCGCAGCGUGGUAACAAGCAGUUCAACGUCGAGAAUGCGGUGCAGCUUCUACACAAAUCUUUGCUGGACGACUUCAAGCAUGCCUUGGUCUGGGGUAGCAGCGUCAAGCAGUCCCCGCAGGCAGGUUCGGCAUGUGCAGGGUCGGGUGUGGUCGGGUGA